AUGUAUGGCAGUUCUGUGUCUCUGACUUGUCAGACCUUUCCUGGCCCUCCUCUGCUUCUAUCUACACGAUAUCACUCGUCUACGCUAAGUGUAUUGGAGUACUGUGGAUGGGACCGCCUGGAACUGGCCCAGGAGUCCUGUCCGUAUCAUCAUCUUGGCUGUUUGCACGGCUAUGGACGAGCUACAGAGUAUGCGUUUGAGGUCAUCCCAUGGCCGCUUGCCUGCCCACAUUCUGUCUCUUUCAUCCGCCCAGUCUCUGCACUGAAGCAGGACGUGGCGUACGGUUUGGGGGCCGUAACCGCAGGGGCAUUGGUCGGAGUCGGCCUUGUUGAUGGAGUUAAGCUCCUGACAACCUUCUUCCCGCCACUACCGCAGCAUAUUGAUGAAGAAAACGAUCGUCCGAUGCGGAACGCAGUGCCUAUGCCGAAUCUGACGCUGGAGGAAGUGCACCGUCAAUUAAUGGCAGCCAAGUCGUGGAAGGCGCCGGGUCAAGACGGACUACCAAUGGUGGUCUGGCAGCAGGUCUGGCCAGUGGUCCAGAAUCAGAUUUUGGCCUUGUUCCAGGCCUCUAUCGACAAGGGCGUCUUGCCGCAUCAAUGGCGACACGCGAAGAUCAUCCCGCUCAAGAAAAGCGACAAAGAAGACUACGGCAUUGCGGGGGCCUGGCGGCCGAUAUCAUUGCUGUGCACACUAGGCAAAGUAUUAGAAUCUGUCAUUGCUGAAAGAAUAUCUUACGCGGUGGAGACGUUUGGUUUGCUUCCCACCAAUCACUUUGGAGGGCGCAAGCAACGUUCGGCAGAGCAAGCACUUGUGCUGUUGCAAGAGCAAAUUUAUGCAGCCUGGAGAGGAGGACGAGUACUAAGCCUCGUCAGUUUUGACGUAAAGGGUGCAUAUAAUGGCGUGUUCAAGGAUCGACUGCUUCAGAGGAUGAGAGCAAGGGGAAUGCCGGAGAAGAUGGUCCGGUGGAUUGGAGCUUUCUGCUCUGACAGGACGGCAUCGAUUCAGGUCAACGGACAAGAGUCUGAUGUGCAAGCAUUGGACCAGGCUGGGCUGCCGCAGGGAUCGCCUUUGUCUCCUGUCGCGUACCUCUUUUUCAAUGCGGAUCUGGUCCAGCGGCGGAUCGACGCCAAUGGGGGCGCAAUCGCUUUUAUUGACGACUUCACAGCCUGGGUCACCGGGCCUACGGCGCAAAGCAAUCUGGAGGGAAUUCGGUCGAUUGUUGAGCAUGCAGAGGAUUGGGAACGACGGAGCGGAGCGACGUUCAACGCGAAGAAAACGGCAGUCAUGCACUUUACUCGGAACGCGCGCAAAGCCGACACAACGCCCAUCGUGAUCAAAGGGGAGUCGGUGGAGCCCAAAGAACAUACUAAGAUCUUAGGCGUGAUCAUGGACGCUCGGCUCAAAUUUCAACAACAUAUUCCAGAAGCCGCGUCAAAGGCCAUGGAAGCAGCUAUGGAAUUGAAAAGACUGCGAGGAUUGUCAGCAAGGACGGCAAGGCAGUUGUUUGCAGCCACGGUGACUCCAGUAGUCGACUAUGCUUCCAAUGUCUGGAUGCACGCCUACAAAGACAAGCUAAUGGGACAAAUCAAUCGCGUCCAGAGAGCGGGAGCGCAAGCUAUCGUGGGCACAUUCAUGACCGUAGCAACAUCCGUGGCGGAGGCGGAAGCACACAUUGUGAGCGCGCGGGAGCGGUUCUGGAAGCGGGCGAUCAAGAUGUGGAUAGAGGUACAUACUCUGCCCGGAACGAAUCCACUCAGCAGAAUUACGACACGGAUUAAAAAGUUCUAUACGCGCUUUCGAUCACCUCUGCACCAGGUGGCGGAAAGGUUGAAAGGCAUACCACUCUGGCAGAUGGAGACCAUCACCCCGGUUCUGGUGGAACCUUGGAGGGCCCGCCUGAAGACAGUGAUGGACAAGCCGGCCGAUGAAGUAUGCGCAGGGUGGACACUAGCUGUUGCGGUGAGCAGCUCGGCGAGGAACGGCAUGGUGGGAGUUGGUGGAGUCAUUCACAGCAGGAGUAUGGAACGCAGUCAGUCCGAGCAGAAGGUCUUCUCUUUCACGCUUGGGCCGAGAGCAGAGCAGAAUCCGUUUUCAGGAGAGCUAGCGGCUAUAGCAUAUGCAUUACGGAAAUUACCCGACAGUAAUCGUUAG